AGGUGGAGGAAGGCAGUGGUAGUGGGGCCAUGGGGGUCACUCUUGAGGGUGGGGGCAAGAGGGAGCUGCACUCCCAGGUACAUCUACUUGUCCGGGUGGAGCCUCCUCAUCCGUGGAGGUGGGUGCCAGUGUCCACCUGUGUGAGCACGCCCCAGGGCCAGGUGCCACAGUGUGGAGCAGGGGUUGUGAGCGGGUGCUCCCGUGCACAGGCUGGGUGGCACACCCUGGCGAUGGGGUGUUUGAGCCCUGCCAGACAGCAGAAACCCUGUAGAGAGGCUGUGCUCCCUGGGGCUGGAAGAGACGGCUGGCCCCAGAUACCCUGAGCCGCCCCAGUCUACCAGGCCUGCCUGGGUCACACCACCUUCUGCUGCCCCAGACCUCCUGGCUCUUGGCUCAGGCUGCCGUGCCUCUGUGCUGCACUGCCGGGGGUCCCGGUGAGUGGGGGCACUUCGGUGAGGGUGAGAGGGUGGCCUGUCUCAAGGGAGCAGGGCCACCUUCCUGCAAGGUUACUGGGUCCAAUUUGUACCAGUUCAGAUUCCACCUGCUUUCAUGAUGGCAGUCCCCAACCCAACAACUGUUGGCCACUCUGAAAGCAGGAGCCCCUGGUGGUGGUCCUAGAGGGUGGCCCGGAGGAGCUGUGCUAGGCGUGGAGAGGAGGGCACCAGGGGGCUGCAGGGGUCUCUCCACUGUGCAGGUCAGGCACAGGGGCAUCUACCUAGACAGGACAGCAGGGUGGACCCCAGUUUCAAAGCUGAGCCCCACCCAUGAAUGUGGAUCUGAGGAGGGGCCCUUGGGUCGGGCCCUGGAUACGACACACGGCAGCCCACAGGCCACGACAGACGCUGGACGCCCUCCUACCGCCAGACACUUCCCCAGAGGCCUUGGACCUCCUUAGGCGACUCCUGGUGUUCACCCCAGACAAGCGGUUAAGCGCCACCCAGGCACUGCAGCACCCCUACGUGCAGAGGUUCCACUGCCCCAGUGAUGAGUGGGCACGAAAGGUACAUGUGCAGCUCCGGGCACGCGAAGGGGUCCAGCUCUCUGCGCCUGAGUACCGCAGCCGCGUCUAUCAGGUGCUCCAGCUCGCGACCCCCAUCAUCCCCCGUCUACUGCACCCUGGAGGCUGCCUCCGACGUUAGAGACCCCCAAACACCCAUGCCCAGGCUGUGCCCUCUGAGCACCCUUCUCCUCUUGCAGAUGAUCCUGGAGUGCAAAGGCAGCAACGGCACCUCAAGAGAGAAGGGCCUGGAGGGUGUCUCCCUGUCCCAGGCACACCUGCACAAACCCAGAGCUGACCCGCAGCUGCCUUCUGGGUCACCUGUGCAGGGCCCCAGACCCAGGCCUCAGAGUAGCCCGAGCCAUGACCCCCCCGAGCACGGUGUGUGAUCUUUGCUGGCUACCCACACUACCCACACAGAGCAUGGCCCGGGCCCCUUCUGCCUGUGGCUGCCAACUGUGCGCAGCGUCGGGCUCCUGACUCUGGGGUUGACUUUCUGACUCCACAGAGUUCCCCCAUGCAGCCAAGAGCACCCCCAGGCAGAACUCCUCUCCCACGCUCCAACCUGCACUCCUAGGGAGUGGGGAAAGGCCCCCCGGGGCGAAGGAAGAGCCCCCCUUGACAUUCUUGCUGG